AUGUGUAUGACGCGUGUUGCGCAAGAUGCCAGGAGUAAAGAUGGCUGCUCUCCCUCGCUGCCAAUGGCUCCACCCUCCGGGAACAUGGUUUCAUCCCGAGGCCCCGCCCACUACACUGUUCCUGCCUAGUAGCAGCAGUGUUUGUGUUGUAGUGGGGACUGGAUGCUGCUGCUGGCAGCAUGGGCUCCGCUAGGAAUGGGUUCCGGGAGCAGCGGGUCUUGGCUGUGGAUGUCGGGAGCACGAUCCUCCGGUGUUACGUGUACAAUGAGUCGGCGGAGAGCUGCGGGAGUACAGAGGAAAAGAUAAAUGUUCUGUAUCCCUGCCAUGGACAUGUGGAGAUCGACCCAGAAGGAUUAUGGGAGCAGUUUGUGACUGUAGUGAAGGAGGCAGUAAAAGAUGCAGGCAUUCACAUGAAUCAGGUCGCAGGUCUUGGAAUUUCCACACAGAGAGCAACUUUCAUUACUUGGAACAAAGAAACUGGAAAACCCUUCCAUAAUUUCAUCAGCUGGCAGGACCUGCGGGCGGCAGAGCUGGUCAGCUCCUGGAACAACUCUCUGCUGCUAAAGGCUGUUCACGGGUCCUGCAGGUUAAUGCACUUCCUCACACGAAGGAAACGAUUUCUGGCAGCCAGUUUGAUCAGUUUCACCACUCAGCAUGUGUCCCUGCGACUGGCCUGGGUUUUACAGAAUAUACCAGAGGUGCGCCAAGCGGCAGACGAGGGGAACUGUUGUUUUGGUACCAUCGACACGUGGCUGCUGUACAAACUUACAAAUGCUAAAAACCCGAAUUGUUGCCGUGAUAACCCUGGAGCUGCUCAGUGGAAAGGGGUUAACCAGAGUCCAGUGACCCGGGAAUCCAACCCGGCUAGCUUGCAGGAUUGGUCCUGGGAAGGACCAGAGUCGCAGUGCUCUGUGUAUGCAACAGACUAUUCAAAUGCAAGUGGAACUGCAGUUUUCGAUCCUUACUUGAUGAGUUGGAGUUCCUUCCUCUGCUCUUUGCUGUCCAUCCCUCUGUCUAUAUUUCCUCCUGUGGAGGACACCAGCCACAACUUUGGAGUAUCAGAUACCAGCAUAUUUGGAGUUCCAAUACCUAUUCGGGCAUUGGUUGCUGAUCAGCAAGCAGCUAUGUUUGGUCAGUGCUGCUUUGAUGUGGGGGAUGUUAAACUGACAAUGGGAACUGGAACAUUUAUGACGAUCAAUACAGGGAAUAAUCUGCACACAUCUAUAGCAGGUCUAUAUCCUCUAGUGGGCUGGAAGAUUGGUGAUGAACUGGUGUGUUUAGCAGAGGGCAAUGCCACAGAUACUGGGACUGCUAUCAAGUGGGCACAAGAGCUAAAUCUUUUCGCAGUUUUUGCGGACAUGGAAGAAAUGGCCAGAAGCGUCCCAGACUGUGGGGGGAUUUACUUUGUACCAUCCUUUACAGGCCUGCAGGCCCCAGUGAAUGAUCCCUACGCAUGUGCCUCAUUCAUGGGGCUGAAGCCUUCCACCACCAAGAACCACCUUGUCCGAGCCAUACUGGAGUCUGUGGCAUUUAGGAAUAAGCAGCUUUAUGAUACAAUGCGGAGAGAGACCUCUAUUCAAAUCUCCCAGAUCAGGGCUGAUGGAGGGGUCUGUAACAACAGCUUUGUCAUGCAGAUGACAGCAGAUUUGUUUGGCCACACCAUUGAUAAACCAAAGCACACAGACAUGUCUUCCUUAGGAGCUGCUUUUUUAGCUGGCUUAGCUUUAGGUAUCUGGUCUAACAAAGAGGAACUGAAGAAGCUUAGACAGCCCCAAGUCCUGUUUGAACCACAGCGGAAGUUGAAGGAUUAUGAGCUGUCGAUGUCUGGCUGGGAGCUGGCACUUCAGCGAUGCUCCAACUGGUAUAAUGCUUGCUAUCAGAACAGUCUGCGAUACAACACAUAGGACACUGGACUGUGUAAACAGGAGGCAGAUUUGAUCAAAGGACGUGUGGGCUAUUUAGCAGAGAAAUAGAAUAUUCCCACUACAAAUGUGAGUGUAUUCUAAGGAACUUGCUUUGCCCACUCCACUUGUCGGGGUACUGUGCCUUCUUCCUCAGUGCUGCUAAUAUGGUGUAGUAAUCUGCCUUUAUGAUAUCCAUGACACCACAGCCCUAAGAAGGCAAAGCCUCAUGGGUACAAAUAGUAAAUGAAGGUGAGAACUGGUAAUGUAGUAAUAUGACAGUCAUUACACUGAAAUGGAAUCCUCCCUGACCUGUAUGAGUAAAUCUUACUGGUGCUGGCAGAACAAGUUUAUCCUCGGCCUAGACAUUCAGUACAGAAAGGUGAGUCAGCUGCACUCAGUGUAUCAGUGCUGGUUCUGGGGCUACUGUAAGAAACUUGCAAGUCACUUUAACGCAUUUAUAGGUAUUGAUGAAAUGUGAGAUUGUUUCCCUAAUAUCAGUGUAACAUUGGAACAUCAUCGUUUUUGAGGUAUGCACUCUGCUUAAAAUGUAUACCCAUAACUGGAAAAUGAUACAAUGUUGUGCAUUGUACAGUGGACUGUAUGUAGUGCCUUAUGCAAAGUGACUGUAUUUCAUGACUGCAUUUUAUGUGUGUGUACAAGCUUAUACGCUUUGUUACCAUUUCCAGUUCUCGUUUUAUGCUGGGGGAGGGGUUGGGCUUUCUUUUGACACGCAUAGUAUACAUUUAAAGGCACAGGAAUGACCACGGCCUUUGCAAGGUGUACGAUAAGAUGAAGAAGGUAUUUUAGGCUAGGAGAUUGGCACACUUAUAGAAGGUGAGUAACUGUUUUUAAAACACAGGCCAGUUUUAGUGCAGACUUAUGGUUCUGACCAGAAGCCGUUUCAUAGCAGUUUCCUACAAUGUGGCAUUAUUUUUUUCUUUUAAUUUAAAAAUUUUUUUUGCAAGCCAUGUUAAAGUCUGACUUUGGGAGCUGACCGGUAACUUUCAGCCUAGGAAGCAAACGCAAGCAAGUUGCCCAGUGGUUCUACCUGCCCCAUUUAACAAAGCCGAGACUAGUCUAGUGACAGACUAUACUAUACAGAGAUCACAUUAGUGACCAAUGCAGUGUGCAUUCAAGUAACCAGUAUACAAUACAGGGAACAUCCUAAUAACCAAAAUGCAAAACUGGGUACCUUCUAGUCACCAUGAUAAAUCAUAAAAAGUAGUAUUAAUAUAUGUUGUUAGUAAAGUCCCACUCUGUGUGUAACAAAAAUAUCAGUAUUACUGACAUGGCAUAAAAACAUACUUAUUUACACACACACAAAAAAAAACUUAUACAGAAACUAAUUGAGAACAAAACAUUGAUUCACUGAUACUGUUACAAUAAAUGAUCAAUCCAAAUGGUCUUUUAACACAUACACCUCCCUCAUGGCGAUUAAACCUCGGACUCCGCCUAACCCUGCUAAAUAACAGGCAUAAUAUCUAUGGGGGUGAACCAAUCAAACAACUUACCUCUCUUGUGGUCACUCAUUGCAUGCUUUGUGUUUUCUGCCCUCUGAUUGGUUGAUGGCUGGAGCUAUCCACCAAACUCCAGCCACUGUGAUUUUGUGAAUGGACAGAGCCAGAAACCAAUUGCCAUUUCUGCAGCCUGGAGGCAGGCAGAAGAUUCUGUCCAAUUGCUCUGAUUGUGUUAUAAACACAACUUGAGCAGCUGCCUGCACCCAAUACAACCGCUAUCUAGAUGCAGAGUAAAGCCACAGACUACCUGUGGCACCAAACCAGGUUGUACUGGCCCAGGAGGCAGUUGCCACCCUGCCCCCGGCACAGCCCACCCCUGGGCUGACUGUUUAGGGACUUAGGCCCCCAUUUAUCAAGCCUUGGAGAGUGAUAAAUAGCACGGUGA